AUGCCUUCUUCUGGAACUAAAGAAGGUAGGAGUUCAAGCACCACUCAUUCUCCAAACAACAGUCAAUCUUGCUCUAGUGAUCAUGGGAAGACUGGUAGUGUUUACAACAGCAGGAACUCAAGCAAUGGUUUCCAUGGCUCCACAACUCCAGGAAAUGAAAAGGGUAAUCUUGGAAAAAUCCGGAAUUUUGGUAAUGAGAAAGGAGCUGGACAUGUGUCUGACGUGUCCAUUGUAGAUAAUGGAAACAACCAAAGUGUUGUGGCACCUUCUGAGAAGCAAGAUCAAAAGACAAGUGGAAAAACUAUGGGAAAGAUGGAAUGGAGGGCUGUGAUGAAUGCCAAGUCAGCAACUGUGACUGUUGUGCUACCUGAUGAACAUGGUGGUUCUUCGUCUGGAGUUACUCCAAAACCAGGGAAAUUAUAUGAACCUUCUUAUAGCUCUAUAAACGCUUUGGUAGAAAGCUGUGCUAAGUUUUCUGAAGCUAGUGUGUCGGUGUCACCUUCAAUGGGUGAUGAUGGUGGAAUGAAUCUUCUUGCCAGUGUGGCAGCUGGUGAAAUUUCAAGAUCUGACGUGGCAUGCUCCCCUCCUUUACCUGAAGAUUCUUGCUCUGCAAAUGUUGCUAAGCUGAGGCGAAUCGUUCAAGACGAAGAUAACGGGCCCCACGUGUCUGGAGAUAGUAAGGACGCGACAUUUGGGAAAGGCGAGGUACGGGCGGGGUCGGAAUCGGAAUCGUUGAUUCCGGUGGUUGUGAAGCCUGAAGUGAAGACUGGAAUGGUGGAAGUAGAAGAGAAGAAUGGUGAUGAUAAAACGAUGGAAAAGAAUGUGAUUCUUCCGGAAAGUUGUAAAGUUGAAACACAAGUUAAUGAAGAAUCGGCUUCUUGGUCUUCUUCAGAUAUGCAUGAUGAAGAGAAGAAACUGGUCAAUAAUCGGUCAAGAAAUUUACAGGAAUCUCAAGCUACUACCACUUCUUGUGGUGAUGCUGAUUUAGCAAUAAAGUUUGAAGAGUGUGAUGAUGACAAGAAGGCCGGAAUCCACAAUGAAAUGGAUUCCGGGACGUCUGUUUCCCAUGAAAACGUUGGAAAACACGAAGCCGACGAUCCUGAUUCCGCCGUUAACAUUUCCGCCACAACGCCCGUUGCGGAAACGGAAACAGAAACGGUGGUAAAGUUGGAUUUUGAUCUGAACGAAGUUGUUCCUAGCGAUGACGGGAACCAAGGAGAGGUUGAUGGGAAUCAGAAUCAGAAUCACACAUCACCUGUUGAUGGGAAUCGGUCUCCGUUGAUUACGGUAGCUGCCCCUGCAAAAGGACCAUUCUACCCUUCCGAAAAUCUUUCAAGAACUAAACCGGAGCUCGGCUGGAAAGGCUCAGCCGCCACCAGUGCAUUCCGUCCCGCUAAACCGGUCCGCCCUCUUUUCGACUUCGACCUCAACAUCGGAGUCGACGAUUCCGGCCAAAACAACGCCCAUGAAAACAGCGGAGGCGGACUCGAUCUGGAUCUAAACGCAUGUCAAGAGCCACCGGAAACCGUCCAAUUGCCGCCAAGGGUAUUUCCGUCAAAUUCAAAUUCUUCACGUGGGUUUGACCUCAACGGACCUGGCGUGGAGGAGGCUAUCAAUAUCAACCCCGGUGGUGGUGAAACGGUGCAAUUUCCGAAAAAGGGUAUGCAGUUUCUUCCAGCUGUUCCGAACAUGAGAGUGAAUAAUAACAUGGACAUAGGGGUAAAUAUGUCAUCUUGGUUUCCACCAAACAACACUUACCCCACCACCAUCACAAUUCCAUCAAUCCAGGAACAGAGUUAUGUUCCUUCACAAAGAAUGUUGUCCCCUGUCUUGUCAUCAACUCCUGCAGUUGUCCCUUUCCAAUAUUCACCUUUCCCAUUUGAAACCAAUUUCCCGUUACCAAAUUCAUUUCCACCCGUUUCAACCGCUUACAUGGACUCAUCGCCAGCUGGUGGGCCCACACCCGCUCCCGGUCCCGGCCCCAUUUGUUUCCCGACACAAACACAGCUGGUUCCAAUGCCGUAUCGCCCAUCCUACUUCAUGAGUCUACCUGGCGGUUCAAGUAAUCCCGGAAAGUGGGGCGGUGGCGGUGGUGGUGGUGGUGGUGGUGGCGGCGGUCUGGAUCUCAACUCCGGUCCCGGCGGUGGCACUGGCGGCGUAUCGAAGCGGAAAGAGCCGGAUGGUGGUUGGGAUGGAGAUAGGAUAAGCUAUAAACACCCGUCAUGGCAGUAG